UCCCCCCUCUUCCUUCCCACACCUUUUUUCCCUCCUUUUUGCACCUUCGUCCCCUUCCCUCCCCCCGAGUCCCCCCCUCUCUCUCUCUCUCUCCUGAUGUCUCUCUUCUCCUGCUUUGUCUCUCACCCUCCUUCUCUUCAAGUUGUCGUCUUUACGCCAAAGGGUAUAAAACCCCCCAUUCCCUUUCGACCCGGACCGCCCGCCGAUUCUCCCGUCUGAGGUUUUGUGAAGCUUUUGUCCCCCUUUUGCACAAGAAGAAGAAGGAGGAGGAGGAGGAGGGAGGCUGGCGAGAUUGGAAGACCAUAUAUGGGUGGAAAGCGUGUUCGCUUCGCGAUAAUCCUGCUAUGCCUUCUCUUCCUGCGUUCAGGUUCGGGGUCGAUUGUGAUAAGGAAGGAAGCAGUUGGAUACGCCAAUGAAGUAGCCCAGGUAAAGAAGUACCAACCCUCCUCGCCUUCUGGCCAAAAGGACAUCACAAAUCCGGUCACGACUGUCCCCACUAUAAUUCCAGCCCCUUUCGCUUCUGCCGAGCCGGUAGUUAACCCAACGUCAAACCCCGAAUCGGCCCCACCGACCGUGAUGACCCCCACCGCAUACCCGCCCACCAUGACUUCGCCCCCAUCUUUGAGCUCCAGCUGGUGCAUUGCAAGCCAGAGUGUGUCGCAGACUGCCCUGCAAGUCGCUCUGGACUAUGCCUGCGGGUACGGCGGGGCCGACUGCUCGGCAAUUCAGCCCGGUGGGAGCUGUUAUAACCCAAACACGGUGCGCGACCAUGCCUCUUACGCGUUCAAUAAGUAUUAUCAGAAGAAUCCUGUUCCCACAAGCUGCAGCUUCGGAGGAACAGCUGUUGUUACCAGCACUGACCCAAGUACUUCUACAUGUCAAUAUCAAUCCAUCAGCACAGCUUCAUCAAUCUUGAACACCACAAACUCUAGUGGGGCCACGGUUUUCGGCGCCGUGCCUUCAGGCCCUUCCACUUCGUCAGCUUCCCAAUUGACUCGCAUCACCUCUAUUGUCAUGGCGCUGAGUUGGCUGAGUUUUGCUUCCAGAAUCCAUUAACCAAGCCACACAUGUACAGCAAU